GGAAACGUGUGUGUGUGUGUGUGUGGGUGUGUUGGCGCUCCAUCCGUCCAAACGUGACGAGGAGAUACAGACCUCGGCAUCAACAGACGCGCCUGUUUCCACGACGACGACAGGAAACAUGGGGGCUGUGGUGGGUACGCUGACCAUGCAGACCAAGCAGAGGAGGAUCUCCAGGGAUAAAGCUGACGAUGACUUGGAGAUGACGACGGUGUGCCAUCGACCGGAGGGCCUGGAUCAGCUGGAAGCAAUAACCAACUUCAGCAAAAGAGAGCUCCAGGUUCUCUACAGGGGCUUCAAGAAUGAGUGUCCGAGUGGUGUUGUAAACGAGGACACCUUCAAGCAGAUAUACUCCCAGUUCUUCCCCCAUGGAGACGCCAGCACCUACGCACAUUACCUGUUCAACGCGUUUGACUCAGCGAGUAGCGGCUCCAUCAAGUUCGAGGACUUUGUCACAGCUCUGUCCAUCCUGCUGAGGGGCUCCGUCACAGAGAAGCUGCAGUGGACGUUUAACCUGUACGACAUCAACAGAGAUGGAUACAUCAACAAAGAGGAGAUGACAGACAUCGUCAGAGCAAUAUAUGACAUGAUGGGGAAGUACACUUACCCCGUCUUGAAACACGAUGCACCCAAACAGCACGUGGAGGCCUUCUUUCAGAAAAUGGACAAGAACAGGGACGGUGUGGUCACUCUGGACGAAUUCAUCCUUUCUUGUCAAGAGGAUGAAAACAUCAUGAGGUCUCUGCAACUCUUUGAAAACGUCAUCUAGACGACCACGGAGAGGGACGACGGUGCAAUACACGAAAAGCCCAGAGCAGGAGAGGAGAGAAGAACAAAGAGAAGGAGAGAUGCACAUGCACAAGAAAAAGGAACCGUGUAGCCUGCAAUUGAAAUGAAACAAAGAGCUUCUUCGGGUUGUGUGUGUGUGUGUGUGUGUGUGUGUGUGUGUGUGUGUGUGUGUGUGUGUGUGUGUGUGUGUGUGUGUGUGUGUGUGUGUGUGUGUGUGUGUGUGUGUGUGUGUGUGUGUGUGUGUGUGUGUGUGUGUGUGUGUGUGUGUGUGUGUGUGUGUGUGACAGUUGCCUGAAAACUUCUUGGGAGGUGUCCUGCUGUAAGAAAUCCGCGGAGACAAAAAAAACAUUUUUGUUUUCAGAAAAGGCCCCUUAGACUUUAACCCUUCACUUGACCUUUACCACUCCUCUCGUCUCCAGCGUCCCCCAUUGGUUGCUGUCUUUACAGUGCCAUCGUGUAAAUACUGAUUCUGACACAUUUCUGAAGUAUAAACCAGAACCUCAACCUGGACUGGAACUCCAGCUUAGCAGUGAGAUCGAUCCAAGGUCUAAAAUAAGUGGAUUUCUGUAUCACCACAACGAGCGUGAGCUGUACUGUGAAGCAUGCAGGACAAGAGGCCUGCAGCUUAUUAAACACACAGUGUAUGCGCCACGAGAAAAACAUGGUGGUAACAUAGUCAUCCUCUUGAUAAGCGGCCAAGGUCUGGGCGUGGCAUCUCACACAGCCACCUCAUCUGGUUCCAGAACACAGGCCUUUGCUCUGCAGCUGAGUUUGACCUCAGCCGUGCCCCCCCCCCCCCCCCCCCCCGCCCCCCAAAGACGUCCUUGUUACUCCCCUGUGUGUGUUCCAGUGGUGUCAGUCCUUGUUUCAAUGUUGUAACGACUCAACUGUAGAUAUUUGACUGUUGUAUUUCUUGUUCUUCUUCUCGCUGUCUGGAAUCAGCCGUGUCGGUCUGUGCGUUCCCGGGUCUGACUAACUGUCUUAUCUUUCUGUCAAAUCAGGUGGAACUGUAAUUAUCCUGGAAUUUGGGGCAUUCAUUGUUAAAUAAAGAGUCCGCUAUAGAGAUUCACUCAUGUACAGAGUUAGAGUGACACAGGGAUGUGCAUGUGUGCGGUGUCCUCCUGUAAAGUUCAUUUUUUUCUAAUUUUGCCUGAAUAUUAAAAAGUCAUUAUCGUGAGCACAGUGUCAUCUCGUGGAGGCCACGGAGAGCCGAGCCACAGAGGAGAGUUUCACUGUCGAUCCAGAGCGACCAACCUUUCACUGUGAGGGAGCGACAGAGGAGGGGGAGGUAGAAGGAGGAGGACGGCGGUGAGGGAGUGGGGCCGAGGAGGAGAGUAAAGACCUUUUCACUGAUUCUGAAGGAAUGGAAGCCAUGUUUUCAAACGAGAGCCAUCGAGCAGGUCACACACACCCAUCCAUGAGAAAUGAUUUACUGUCAUGCCCGCUCACUGUGCUGCCGCCAGUGUGAUAAAACAAAUCCUCGCUGAGUUGAGAUGUACCCAGACACACUGACGGACAGGAAGACAAACAGAUAGACAGGCAUGCCGACACACAGACAGCGCAUAUUGUCAGAAUGAAGUCAUGUGUGUAUUGAAAUACUGUAUAAAAUCAUUAUAUUUAUCAAUAAACUUUUCAACAAACAAAAUGAA